GAUUGUGGGAAAAGUUUCAGUAAAAGGUCCGUCCUGUUGAUACACCAGAGGACUCACACAGGAGAGAAACCCUUUGAAUGUCCUGACUGUGGGAAAGGUUUCAGUCAGAAUUCCCACCUGGUGAUGCACCAGAGGACUCACACAGGGGAGAGACCUUUCGAAUGUCCUGAUUGUGGGAAAAGUUUCAGUAACAGGUCCGUCCUGUUGAUACACCAGAGGACUCACACAGGAGAGAAACCGUACGAGUGUCCUGACUGUGGGAAAGGUUUCAGUCAGAAUUCCAUCCUGAUGAGACACCAGAGGACUCACACAGGAGAUAAACCCUUUGAAUGUCCUGACUGUGGGAAAGCUUUCAGUCAGAAUUCCUUCCUAGUGAUACACCAGAGGACUCACACAGGAGAGAAACCCUUUGAAUGUCCUGACUGUGGGAAAGGUUUCAGUCAGAAUUCCCACCUAGUGCAACACCAGAGGACUCACACAGGAGAGAAACCCUUUGAAUGUCCUGUUUGUGGGAAAUGUUUCAAUCAGAGUUCCAGCCUAGUGCAACACCAGAGGACACACGCAGAAGAGAAACCCUUUGAAUGUCCUGUUUGUGGGAAAUGUUUCAAUCAGAGUUCCAACCUAGUGCACCACCAGUGGACUCAUGCAGAAGAGAAACUCUUUGAAUGUUCUGACUGUGGGAAAAGUUUCAGUCGGAAUUCCUACCUAGUGACACACCAGAGGAUUCACACAGAAGAGAAACCCUUGAAUAAACCCUUUGAAUGUCCUGACUGUGGGAAAAGUUUCAGUCAGAAUUCCUACCUAGUGACACACCAGAGGAUUCACAAAGGAGAGAAACCCUUUGAAUGUCCUGAUUGUGGGAGAGGUUUCCGUUGGAAUUCCCAAUUAGUGACACAUCAGAGGACUCACACAGGAGAGAACCCUUUAAAUGUCCUGUUUGUGGGAAAGGUUUUAGUGCUAAUUCCAGUGUGGUGACACACCAGAGGACUCACAAAGGAGAGAAACCCUUUGAAUGUCCUGACUGUGGGAAAGGUUUCAGUGAUAAGUACACCCUGUUGAGACACCAGAGAUCUCACACAGGAGAGAAAUACUUUGAAUGUCCUCUUUGUGGGAAAAGUUUCAGUCGGAAUUCCCACCUAGUGACACACCAGAGGACUCACACAGGAGAGAAACUGUAGGAGUGUCCGAUUUGUGGAACAAGUUUCAGUUCCAAUUUCCACCUGGUGCAACACCAGAGGACUCGCACAGGAGAGAAAUCAUAUCCUUGUCCAUAUUGUGGGGAAUGUUUCAUUACAAAAUUGUACCUCAUGAGUCACGAGAAAACCCAUACAGGAGCGAAACCGUAUGAGUGUACUGUUUGUGGCAAAGAAUUCAGAACUCAGAAUUUAGCUUAAUGAAACAUCAGAGGUCUCACACGGGAGAGAAACCCUUUGAAUGUCUUGACUGUGGAAAAGGUUUCAUUACAAAAUUACAGCUCACAAAUCACCAGAUGAUACACACAGGAGAAAAUGCUUUUGAAUGUGCUGACUGUGGGAAACGUUUCACCAAGAAUUCCAGUCUGGUUAAACACCAGAGGACUCACACAGAGGAGAAACUGUAUCAUUGUCCUCUUCGUGGCAAAAGUUUCAGUUAGAAUUCUAACAUGGUGAUACACUGGAGGUCACAUGAAAAACAUGGAAUGCCCUAUUUAGGAAAAAGUUUUCAUUUCAAUUCGAACCUAGUGAAACACCAGAGGACUCACAUGGGAGUGCCUUUCAAAUGGCCAGUCUGUGGAUAGUACUUUUGGCCAAAAUGACUCCUUAUCGCAGGGUUGUCAAACUAGAUUUCAUUGAGGCCUGAAUCAUGGUUCUGUUUGACCUGGGUGGAGGGCUCUGGUGGAAGUGGACAGGGGGGCAUAGCUAUCUGACGUCACUUCUGUUGGGGGUGCCUGUGGAAGCCCAAGUGCUUUGCCAACAAAAAUGGGAUUUCGAGCUCCAUUUUUAGUUGCAAUGGCCUCCUGCAAUCCUCUGCCAGUGCAAAUGCUGGCAGAGGCACCACGUACCAGUCCGUGGUUUCACGACAGCCCUGCUGGCUGGAUUUAACCACCCUGCGGCCCGCAUCUGACCCUGGGCCUUGACUUUGAACCCCUUCCUUAAUGCAUACAACUCAAUAUAUAUGAGGCAAAAGUUGAUGAGUUUGGAGAAGGUUUGAAUUUCAGUUCUGAACUCCCGCUGAGAGUGUAGGUGAGAACACUGAAUAUUGGCCUCAUCUGAAUACUGGCUGAUCAUUUUGCUGAAUUACCCUCACCGCUUGCUCUUCCUUAUGAAGCCAUCACAUGAAUGUGCAAAUUGUUAAGCUCAACAGUGGCUACUUCAGAGUUUGGAGAAUCCCGCCCUUGGGUCCUCCUAGCCCUUUCCCUUUCUCACAGGUCCCAAUAGGUCCGUCGUCCCCCUUAGGCUCCCCACAUGGUUACAUAGCCCCACCACCACCCUCACAAACACAAACAGGAUCUCCACUUCUACUGGAUCCCUGCAGUCCUUAGGCCUGACUCCCACCCUACCAGGCAUCACAGCUCCCUUAACACUUUGUAGACUGUCUUAAGGAAUUGUGAGUGCAAUGAAAUGGUGUCUGCCUCUGGGAGAUCUCCAAAGGGCAGGCCAUGUAUCCCUGGGGUGCCUGAUGAGUGGACAAGUACCUCUUGGCCAGCAUUGUGCUGUAGUUGCCAAUAACAGCCAAUGUAGUCCUAGGUUGCAUCAAGAGAGGAAUAAUGCAAGACAACAAGAAAAUAUAGAAAUGCUUUACG